AUGCAAAUUCCUCUCACGCAGACUGCAGCAGUUAUUCCACCUGCGGGAACAUAUCAAACUGCCCAGGUGCAAAUCCUCUCGGACCGCCCUGUUCCAGCUCCAGCGGAGGGAGAGUUGCUCAUCAAGCUUGAAUAUUCGGGGGUCUGCCAUUCCGAUGUGCACAGCAUUCGGCGGGACACGCCCAUGCUGACCGAUGUGGCGGGUCAUGAGGGUGUGGGGAAAGUGGUCAAGGUGGGAGCUGGGGUAGAAGAAGAAGCUUGGCUGGGUAAAAGGGUCGGAAUCAGAUGGCUUUAUAGCUCUUGUCUCAAGUGUGAGAUCUGCGCUAUUAACCAUACGGCCUGUCCUUACCAGAAGAAUGCGGGUGCGAAUGUGCCGGGAACUUUUCAACAAUUUCUUGUCAGCCCUGCAGAGCAUGUCACGAUAAUCCCAUCGGAACUGGCGCCUGAUACAGCAGCGCCCCUGUUAUGUGCGGGUAUUGCCAUGUACUCAUCAAUCAUGAAGACGAGAACCCGGCCUGGGGACUGGAUUGUUCUUCCCGGAGCUGGUGGGGGUCUUGGGCACAUGGGAAUUCAAAUUGCUGUGAAAAAAGGACUCAAGGUUAUCGCCAUUGAUAGUGGAGAAAAGAAGAAACAUCUAUGUCUCUCUCUCGGAGCCACGGCCUUCUUUGACUACAAAGUCGAUGACAUCGAGAGGGAGGUCAAGAAUCUUACUUCAGGCUUGGGCGCUCAUGCGGUGAUAUGUACCGCUAAUAGUGAGACCGCAUAUCGGCAAAGCAUGCAAUUGCUCCGCAGUUUGGGAGUUCUUGUCUGUGUUGGUAUCCCGAAUACGCCGUUUAGGCUGCCGGCAACCCCAUUCGAUAUGAUUUUGAAAGGUCUAACGAUUGUUGGAAACUCCGCUGGCACUGCAAAAGAGAUGGAAGAGUUGAUGGAGAUGGCUGUCGCAGGAGAUAUCAAGGCACACAUCGAAUGUUUUGAGUUUGACUGCUUCAAUGAUGUGUUACGACUACUGGAGAAUGCCGAGAUCGACGGGCGAGCCGUGAUGAAGAUUCCGGAGUGA